AUGAGAGCUGGCGCAGUUAUUCAGUUCUUCUUUGCCCUUGGCGGGAUAGCUGCUACUCCAAAACCGAAUACCCGCGAUCGUCUGAGAGAAUGCCCCGGCUACAGAGCGGUCAAGGACGGCCAAAUUUCGGACGGUUUGUGGCGGUUUCUGGAAAUCCAUGAUGACAGGGCCAGAUUCAUCGACUUGGAACUCGCUGGCAAACCUUGCAACGUCUACGGCAAGGAUCUCCCGUUCCUAAAGGUCACGCAUGUGGUUGAGACUCCCACGCGCCUUCACGUCCAAAUCGCCGAUCCAAAACAGGAAGCCUACCAAAUUCCCGAACUUGUCUUUCCCCGUCCCAAGUUUAGCAAAAAGAGACAGAGCAAAAAGCCACUUUUGGAGUUCGAAUACACCGAAUACCCGUUCUCAUUCAGAAUUGUUCGCACCAAGGACACUACGAUACUUUUCGACUCGUCUGCCGCAGGACUGGUCUUUGAGGACCAGUAUAUUCGUUUGCGUACCUCGCUACCCGUGAAUCCUAACCUGUACGGCUUUGGGGAGCACUCUGAUUCCUUCCGGCUAAAAACUAACAACUAUACGCGUACGCUGUGGAAUGCCGAUACCCCUUCUGUCCCUGCUGGUUGGAAUCUCUACGGAAGUCACCCCAUGUACAUAGAGCAUCGUCAAAAGGGAACCCACGGCGUCUUCUUGCUCAACUCGAACGGCAUGGAUGUCGUAAUCGACAGCGAUCCCUAUAGCGCCUACUUGGAGUACAAUAUCCUUGGCGGAGUGCUCGACUUUUACUUCUUUGCUGGAGAAACUCCCAUUGACGUGGCCAAGCAGUAUUCCGAGGUCGUCCAGCAGCCAGCCUUGGUGCCUUACGGUGCGCUGGGACUUCACCAGUGUCGAUGGGGCUACCAAGAUGUUUUCAACGUUGCUGAAGUCGUGCACAACUACAGCCAAGCUGGUAUUCCUCUCGAAACUAUGUGGACGGAUAUUGACUACAUGGAUGGCCGAGCUGCCUUCUCCCUAGACCCUGAGCGGUUUCCCCUGCAAAAGAUGCGUCAGUUAGUACAGCAUCUCCACUCCAGGAAUCAAAAAUUCGUCAUGAUGCUCGACCCUGCCAUUGCCGUCAAGGACUACGGCCCUUACAACAACGGCAAGACGUGGCCAAUGUCCUUCCUUGUCAACUCAUCAGGGUUACCCUAUGAAGGUGUCGUAUGGCCCGGCCGCACCGUCUACCCAGACUGGUUCGCCCCUGCCAUCCAGGAAUACUGGAAUAAGGAGUUCGACACCUUCUUUAACCCUGCAACAGGCGUUGACAUCGACUACCUGUGGAUAGACAUGAACGAGCCUUCCAACUUUUGCGACUUCCCGUGCAACAAUAUUGACGAGGUAGCUCUGCUGUACCCGCCUCCACCACCGCUCGUUCGGUCACCGCCGAGAGAAUUACCUGGAUGGCCUUGUGACUUCCAGCCACCGGGCACAAAAUGCGACGACAAUGGAAUAAAGCCCCUCGCCUCCCCAAAGAAACCCCGUGCUGUCUACCUCUAUUUCCCAGAACCUAUGCUAUCUAUACCCCCCCUCUACUUCCCCUUGAUGGAGGAAGUCAAACCAGGUUACAGACCCUUCUUUCUAGGCUUCGACAAUCGUGAUCUCAUCAACCCCCCCUACACCAUCAACAACGCCUGGGGUAUGCUGCCGCAAAAGAGCCUCAACACGAGCAUCCGUCACAGCAAUGGCCUCACUCUCUUUGACACGCACAACCUCUACGGACACAUGAUGGCUGCUGCCUCACGCAGAGCCCUCAUCGCCAUGCGUUCUCACAAGCGUCCCUUCAUCGUCACACGCUCUACCUUUGCUGGCUCGGGAGCCCACGCCGCGCACUGGCUGGGUGACAACGACUCUAGCUGGGAGCACUACCGCUUGAGCAUUCGGCAAAUGCUGCAAUUCAAUUCCAUGUUCCAGGUGUCCAUGGUUGGAUCCGACGUCUGCGGCUUCAACGGGGAUACCACUGAGGAGCUCUGUGCGCGAUGGGCCAUGCUCGGCGCCUUCCAGCCGUUUUACCGUAACCACAAUGCCGAGGGACAGAUUGACCAGGAGUUUUACCGGUGGCCUUCGGUCACUCAGGCUGCGAAGAAGGCGAUUGACAUUCGCUACAGGCUGCUAGACUACUUCUACACGGCCUUGAUGACACAAAGUUCUGAUGGAACGCCGGCUAUAAAUCCCAUGUUUUACAUUUACCCCAAAGAUGCAAAUACUUGGGGCUUGGACAUGCAGUACUUCUUCGGGCCUUCCUUGAUGGUUGCGCCAGUCCAGGAGCAAGGAUCUACGAGUGUGAAAAUCUACUUCCCCAACGACGUCUUCUACGACUUCCACACGCACGAGCAAUUUUUCGGCAUAGGGCAGUACGCCACUAGAACAAAUCAGACCAUCACCGAUAUCCCGCUCUUUGUCCGAGGUGGUCAAAUCAUUCCUAUGCGUGCCAGGUCUACCAUGACCACAACCGAGCUUCGCCAGCAAGAUUUCGAACUGUUGAUUGCUGUCGGCAGCAACGGCAGGGCCAAAGGAGUGUUGUAUUUGGACGACGGGGAGACUUUGCAAAAACCGCCGCAUUCGUACAUCGAGUUUAAUUAUAAGGGCGGCAGGGUUACUUCCAAGAUACGAUCGAUGGAUUUCAAGACUGGGGCGAAAAUAACAAAGAUUACCAUUAUGGGCGGCAAAAGAUGUGGACCUGGGAAGUCGUCCUGCUCGAAAGAUCUACACCACCCACUGAAAAAACGACUGAGUGUCAAGAUUUAG